AUGCGAGGGCGAGUGGGUGCGGGGAGAUCUGCUUCUCGCAAUCAAGCUCCUUCCGGGGCAGAAUCCGAGGCUGACUACAUGCAUUAUCACCAUUUGAAUGCCCCUGUUACCGCCGUUCAAUCCAUGGAAUCAACGUCUCCUCAUUCAGAUGUCGCUCUUCGGUCUGUAAGCCACGACGCUAGCGGUAUCCAACGUGGUCAAGCCUGGCCAGAAUCAGUGGGAAUGUUGGCACCUCCUUCUGAUGAAACAUCCGACAUAGUGUCAGAACUAUUCAAGGAUGAAAGCCAGGCACGAUUUCUUUUCGCAUCCUAUUUUGAAGGCGGUAACCCAUAUAUUCCAAUGUUUGACCCCAUAGUGGAUACUUUCGACUCUCUACGGACUCGGUCGCCUUUUUGCCUCAUCGCCAUUUUGUUCAUUGCUCUGAAACAGACAUCCCAUAUCCUACACGGAGCUUCUAUAGACCUGCAAACAAAAGUACGAGAGGCUUGUCUGCAAGAAGCGCGCCGUUGGGUAUUCGACAGCAUCUUCGAGCAUCCAACGCUUGAGACCGUACAAGCAAUGACACUGCUUGCAGCAAAUGCAGAGAAAAGCUGGCUUGCCAUUGGCCACGCUCACCAAAUGGCGCUGGAAUUAGGCUUGGAUUGUGCACUUCACGAGUUAGUCGGUGAGGAACCCUUGAUAACCGAAAGACGGAACUUCCACAUUGGCAGCCGCAAGGCCCGUACGUGGUGCAUCUUAUAUCACAUCGAGCGUGAGCUUGCAGUUGGCACCGCAAGGAAACCACGCAUUCGCGAACUCGAUAAAGCCUUAUUGAGGCCCUAUUUGGACCUUCCUGUCUCAUACCCAAGCGACAUGAGGUUUAUAUCUACGAUUGAGAUUGUUCAACUCCGCAGUGAUAUUCAAUCUAGACUCGAAAGUGCCACGUCGGUGUCCACCAUUUCUGAGAGUAUACUGCAAGAGUUCGAACAGAAGGCUCAAGAAUGGUUCCAAUACUGGGACACCCGAUUCAAAGCAUACAACGUAGACGAAGACUCACUUAAUCGAAUCAGCUUACUCACUCAAAAGAACUAUUCAAGAAUCACCAUCUGCUGCACCAUUCUCGGUCGAUUACACAAGAACGCGAAUACACCAUGUCUGGCGGUUAUGGACGAAGUUGUCCGCCGGACAGCCGAGACCAUAUCAGACCAGCUCGACGUCGUAUCUCGUUCCAAGUCCUACAGGUGGCACUUCCGCUGGGCGCCAACAUAUUCUGCCUUGAUGCUUACAUUCUCACUGGUCUUAGCCCUCCAACUUGCAAACAGGUGGCCGGGCCAUCUGGACAAGGCUCAGACGGAGAGGCAGGUCAGGUCUGUCCUUGGCUUAUUGGAGAUGCACCCUUACCAAAGCCUUGUGCUUCAGGUUCGGAGAAUGCUUGAGAGAUCGGCGGAGGAGGGGUUGCCAUGGCAGCAAAGACUUGCCACUUGGCCAGUCGAGGAGCCGAAACGCGGCGCGUCGAUGCAAAGUAGCAGACAACAUAAUCCUCCCCUUGAGAUGCAGGCACCCGUCAACUCAAGCGAAGACGGCGGUGUCCUACAGCACACUGAAUGCACAGACUCUUCGAAUCCCGAACUCGAAAACUUGGAUUGGCUUUCCGGGGGUUCAAUUCUUGGGAACUGGACCCUGCUUGAGUUGGGGAAUUCAAUGUCAUACGAUAUGUCCAUGUUCGGGGGGAAUGGAGCAAUAUGA